UUUCUCUUGUUCGGCAGCCUUCAAGGGUGGAGCCCACGAUCCUGCUGGCUACUGGAGCAUCACGGACCCACUGCAAGACAUAUGCCGGAAGUGGGCAGCAAGGUCGCCGCGUCAUCAAGCUUGUGUGGCGUCGGUCGGGAGAGACCGGGCGGGGAGUUCAAGGAGUGCACGGCGUGCCAAAAGGCACGAUCGUGCACGACAUGCAGAGAGCCAGCCCGAGCACAGGCCUCCUUCGCACCCCCACGAACUUCAGCGAUCAGGAGGGAGAAGGGAUGGCAAGGGGGGCACAUGGGCGCCAUCCGGUCUUGCUGCCGGGGCUCGAGUCUUCUUCAAGUCUAGUUCUUGAAGUCCAGGCACAUGGCGGCGCGCAGCGAGAGGAGGGAAUCCUUCCAGAGGGAGGACUCUCCUGGUAGUGUGAACGCGGCGUGCACACUCCCCAAGCUCUGGAAGAGGACGGCGUGCAACUAAGCUCGAGGAAUCGUCCUGGAAGCAAGCAUCUAGAUGUACGCCUCCACGAGCCGGCCCAGGCCCAUCCUGGGCCCUGGGCCAGUGCACAGGCCUUCCUGGCAUGGGCUCGGCGUAUACAGCCAGUUCAUGCAAUGACAGCGUCGGCUCUGGCGUUCAGCACCUCGUGCACCUUUCGACCUUGAAUGACCUCGACCGCAAGAGGCCCCAUGAGGCUGCCGAUGACAUCGUUCGUGGGGAUUUCGCGCGGGUUGCUACCUUCUCCAAGGCCACGCUAACGGCGACGUUGGCUAACGGCGGUGUUGGGAAUAUGGUUCUUGCGACGCCGAACUCGCGCAGAACAUAUUGCAGGAAAACACGAACAUCGCUUUCCUACAACAGGGUUGGCCACGAACCUCCCCGACCUACAGUACCGAAACCUACAUCGCAGUGACCUACAUCGCCGUUCAGCGUGUCUACGAUCUACGGCCUCGAUGGGCCCGAGGGCCUCGACGGUCUACGGUCUACGGCCUCGAUGGGCCAGCGCCGGCGUCGCUGCCGCGUCAGGGCGGCACGAGCAUGCAAUACGCCAGAGCAGCGCCCAGGAUGAGCCUGGCCAGGGCCGGCAGGGACGCGAACAUCCGGCAGCCGCCCGCUCCCGAAGGACUGCCGAGGCGCUCGUGCCUGCCAGAAGCCUCCCACACAGGCCGUGCAGGGCGGCGCGAGGCGGCCCUCAGGCGCCGCCCCUCCGCCGCAGCGGGACCAGGCCGCUCGCCCCAGCGGGCGCGCGCUGGGAGCACGCGCCCGCGGCGGCGCCCGGCGCCGG